AUGGAAUCCACUUCGGGCGUUACGAGUCGGAGAGGUCAGGAGAAAUUGGCCCACGAUGGCCAUCUCUUUGUCAAAGCAUACGUCCUGAAGAGCGGCUUGCAGUCUUGGCGGUGUAUGUACAAAACCGCACCGAUUCCAUGCAAGGUGUUCGUAGUUCUGGCCGAGCGAGCUCAGUGCGUUGUGCCCGUCGCCUACGCGUUGCUCCCAGACAAAGCAGCCGAAUCGUACACUCGGAUGCUGAAUCUCUUGAAAGAGGCUUGGCCGGCCCUCUGUCCCGCCAGCGUGGUCAUGGACUACGAGCGGGCCAUGAUGAUUGCGGUCAGGGCUUGCUUCCCGCCCGAAACACGCAUUCAGGGAUGCUUCUUCCACUUGGUGAAGAACAUCAAACUACGCGUAGCUCAGGAAGGUCUUUGGAGUCGCUAUACCAACGAUGACGACUUCGCACUGAAAGCCCGAAUGAUAGCUGCUUUGGCAUUCGUUCCGCCGUCAGAGUUAGAUAAUGCAGUCGCGGAGCUUUCGCCUGUAUUGCCGGAAGAGUUGAUUCCAGUUCUCAACUAUUUCGAGGACAUUUACAUAGGGCGUAUGAACCGGAUCCGAGCCGACGGUACCGUAGACCGGAGAACACCGCAGUUCCCGGUCGAGAUGUGGUCAGUAUACCAGAGAACGCUCGACGGAGAAGCCCGCACGAAUAACUAUGCGGAGGCGGCACAUCGCAGACUCCAGGUUGAAUUCGGGAUACAGCAUCCGACAAUUUGGAAGUUCAUCGACGGGCUUAAGAAAGUCCAAAAAGGCCGUGACCUACAAGUCGAAUCAUUCGUAGCCGGCGGUGCUCCUCCAACAAAAAGGACCAAGUACGUUCGUGCAGACGAGCGAAUCCUGGGAGUGGUCGAGCGUGCCGAACAUCUACAGCAUGUAGAAUACCUCCGAGGCAUAGCUCACAAUUUCCUCAUGGACGCGUAG